AUGAAUCGUUCAGGUGCUAACCUUCUUGAUCUACCCGAUGAAGUAUUGUUUAUUAUUUUGAAGAAAUUGCACAAUAUAGAUGUUCUCUAUUCAUUAUUUGGAAUUAAUAAUAAACGACUUGACAUUUUAGUAGAGGAUGGCAUGUUUACUAAUAUUCUCAAUUUUGGAAGAACGUCAUCAAUCAUUGAUAAGAAACUUGAUCGAUUUUACACUACUAUUUUGCCACGAAUUCAUUAUUCAGUAAAAAACUUGAUUCUCGAAGCAACAUCUAUCGAACGCAUUCUGCUUGUUGGCGAUUAUCCAAAUCUUGCUUUUUUGGAAAUUUUAAAUUUCGGACAAGAAAUAGUUAAUCGAUAUUUUACAGAUAAUUCCGCCUUGCAACAUAUUUUAAAAUAUCAAAUAACAGAACUAGUUCUUCAUAAUCAUGAUAAAUAUUCCACUAAGACAUCGUUGAAAACUUAUAUUACACAUGUCUAUGCACAUAUCAUGCUUUUUCAAAAUCUAAAGCAGUUGACAAUUGUUGCGUCAUCAAUAAAUGAAUAUCCACCUUUAUCAUUUACUAAUCUACCAUCAACUAUUUAUUUCUCUUCAACGCUUACUGUAUUAUGUAUUUGUGUGUUUGGUUUUGAUGAUUGUCUAUUAUUACUUGAUGGUCGUCUAAAACAAUUAACCACAUUCAUCAUUCAGGUUCAUAAUAUCUACAAAGCAUCAUUUAUUCGUAGCAGUAUGGAUGAACUAAAAAGUCUGAAGUGUUUUUCAUUAAUAAGUUACAAUAUGACAUAUGAUUAUGAAUAUUUGGUUUUGCCACUUCUUCGCCGUAUGACACGUCUUGAAAAGUUAACUUUGUGUCUUCGCAUUUGGCGAGAUUCAUUCAUCGAUGGUACACAUCUUUCUAAUGAAUUUCUUGAUCAUAUGUGUGAACUUCGUACAAUCACAUUUUAUAUAAGUACAGAAGGAAUGGCUCGUGAUUCAGUUUAUCGUAAAUCUAGUGAUGAUAUUCAAAAAGCAUUUACAAAUAUAAAAUAUGGUCCAACGGCUUGUUUCAUAGAUCAUUUCCACAAGUUUGAAGCUAUAUGUCAUGUUUAUUCGUUACCAUUUACAUUUACUCGCUUGGAAAAGAUCACAACCCACUUUCCAAAUAUUGUACUCGACACUGUAACUCAUUUCCUUCUCUUUGAUAUCACGUUAAUGAAACAUGAAUUUUUCAUGCGAAUUAGUCGAGCUUUUCCAAUGCUGAUGCGUUUGACUACAGUUAAUACGAUGAUUCAGUCAUGGAAUCGUAAUGAACUAAAGUCUGAUAAAAAUCCAUUUAAUUCAAUUAUUGAAUUUUCUCAUCUUAUAUCACUUGAUCUUCGUCGUGCUAACACAGAUUAUGUUGUACAAUUUCUACUUGAAACAAGGACAUAUUUACCUUGUUUAACUGAGUUCAAAGUCAACUAUAACGACUUGGUAUUUGUUACAGCAAGAUUUGCAAGAGAUGCUACACGACGUAAUUGUUUCAAUGUGAAACAAUUCAUUUUUGAAAAGCAAAUAUAUUAUUCAAAAGAUAUUUAUCAAUAUUUUCCUUCAUUAUUGUAA